AUGGAUUUUGAGCAGAAUGAAGACUUUAAUGGGAUCCGUUUCUCCUGGAACGUUUUUCCAGCCUCUAGAACCGAUGCAAACAAGAACGUCGUCCCUGUAGGGUGUCUGUACACGCCAUUGAAGGAGAUUGAGGAUCUUUCUGUUGUUGCGUAUAAUCCUGUUGUAUGUGGGGGCCCAAAUUGUAAAUCGGUUUUGAAUCCAUACUGUGAGAUUGAUGUGAGGGCCAGUUUGUGGGCUUGUCCUUUGUGUGGGACGAGGAAUCAUUUGCCGCAACACUACGUUAAUAUAACACAAGACACGAUGCCUUCGGAAUUGAGUUCUACCACAAUUGAGUAUAUUACCAAUAGGCCGGUUCAGAUUCCUCCUGUUUUCUUUUAUGUUAUUGAUGUUACUGCUGAAGAAGAGAAUUUGCAAGCCUUAAAAGAUUCAGUAAUUACUUCUCUAUCGCUUUUACCUCCAAACGCGUUGGUUGGGUUGAUUACUUAUGGGAAGGUGGUUCAGUUGCACGAUCUGUCGUGCACGGCCAUUGAUAAAUGCAAUGUUUUCAGGGGCGACAGGGAGUAUCAGUUACAACAGUUAAUUGAAAUGUUAACAGGUGAAAAAAAUGGAGGUUCCAUGCCUGCUGGCUCCCAAUCUAAGAUUACUCCUUUCUCGUUAAGCAGAUUUUUCCUUCCACUAGAACAUGUUGAGUUCAAGUUGACUCAGCUUUUGGAAAACUUGAAACCAGAUCAAUGGGGUGUCCCACCUGGCCAUAGACCGUUGAGAGCUACCGGUGCUGCUUUAAAUAUUGCCACAUUGUUACUUCAAGGGUGCUAUAGACAUGUUGCAGCUCGUAUCCAUCUAUUUGCCUCUGGUCCUGGUACUGUUGCUCCGGGUAUGGUCGUGUCUUCUGAAUUAAAGGACCCAUUGAGAUCGCAUCAUGACAUUGAUUCCGAUUCUGCGAAACAUCACAAAAAAGCAUUCAAAUUUUACAACCAGUUGGCUGAAAGGGCUGCUGAAAAUGGGCACACAAUUGAUAUCUUUGCAGGAUGUUACGAUCAAGUUGGUAUGUCUGAGAUGAAAAAGUUGACCGACUCCACUGGUGGUGUUCUAUUGUUAACUGAUGCGUUCUCUACAGCAAUUUUCAAGCAGUCUUUUGUCAGGUUAUUCUCAAAGGAUGAAGAGGGUUAUUUGACUAUGGCUUUUAAUGGUUCAAUGUGUAUUAAAACCAGUGCUGACCUAAAAUUGCAAGGUUUGAUUGGCCAUGCUGCGCCAUUGAAGGCAGAUGCUCCUAAUGUAAGUGACUCAGAAAUCGGUAUUGGUGGAACGUGUACCUGGAAAAUGGCUUCUUUAAGUCCUCAUCAUUCGUAUGCUGUUUUUUUUGAAAUUGCGAACACUGCUGCCGCUGCCAGUAUAAUGGGAGACAGACCAAAAUUGGCAUACACCCAAUUUAUUACGGCAUAUCAGCACGCAUCUGGUACUAACCGUGUCAGGGUUACUACCGUUGCAAACCAAAUGCUCCCAUUUGGUAAUCCAGCUAUUGCGGCGUCAUUCGAUCAGGAAACUGCUGCUGUCUUAAUGGCCAGGAUUGCUGUAGAUAAAGCGGAAUCUGAUGAUGGGGCGGAUGUCAUUAGAUGGAUUGAUAGGACUUUAAUUAAGCUAUGUCAGAAAUAUGCUGACUACAACAAAGCAGACCCGGGAUCAUUCAGGCUAUCUCCAAACUUUUCCCUUUACCCACAAUUUAUCUACUAUUUGAGAAGAUCACAAUUCCUAAGUGUUUUCAACAAUUCGCCGGAUGAGACAGCUUUCUAUAGGCAUAUUUUUACCAGAGAAGAUACUACGAAUUCUCUAAUAAUGAUCCAACCAACUUUAACGUCGUUUUCGAUGGAAGAAGAACCGCAGCCCGUUCUUUUAGAUUCUGUAUCUGUGAAGCCUAAUACUAUUUUAUUAUUAGACACUUUCUUCUAUAUUUUGAUUUACCAUGGUGAGCAGAUCGCCCAGUGGAGAAAAGCUGGUUACCAGGAUGAUCCACAAUAUGCUGAUUUCAAGUCACUACUGGAAGAGCCCAAGUUAGAAGCAGCAGAACUAUUAAUAGAUAGAUUCCCAUUACCUAGGUUUAUUGAUACUGAGGCUGGUGGUUCUCAAGCUAGGUUUUUGUUGUCCAAAUUAAAUCCUUCUGAUAGUUAUCACAACCAGUCUGCAGCGGGUUCUACCAUCGUGUUAACAGACGAUGUUUCUUUACAACACUUUAUGCUCCAUUUACAAGAUGUAUGUGUUAAUGGUCAGAAUUGA